AUGAAGGCAGACCUUGCCAAGCUGGCCGACAAGAUGCUGCGCCCCCCCAGGUGCUCCCGGUGCCGGAACCAUGGCUUCCUGGUGCCCGUCAAGGGCCAUGCGGGCAAGUGCCGCUGGAAACAGUGCACCUGCGAGAAGUGCUACCUGAUUUCCGAGCGCCAGAAGAUCAUGGCCGCGCAGCAGAUUCUCAAGAAGCAGGCCUCCGAGAAGCAGGAGGUGGCCCUGUGCGUGCAGGGGCCCCACCUGGACUCCGGGGCCGCGGCCGCUGUCCCGGGUUCAAGCUUCCGCCUCCUGCCUCCGCCUGCCGCUUCGGUAGACGCACACCCGGGCCCCGAGGGCCGCGCGGCCGCCUACUUCCUCGAGAGACCCCCGCGGGGCCCGAGCCCCGGCCCGAGCGCCUUCCAGCCAGUUCUGGGUGGCCGCGGCCAUAUGUGGCCGAGAGAACGAGCCACCGCGGCCAUGCCCAGUUCUCUGAGGCCCCAGCUCGGGGCGGAGGCCGCAGGCCGGGGCUAUCCCGGCCGCCUGGAGCUGCACAGGCCGCUUCGGCCGGUGCUCAGCCCGCCGUUCGCCGACUUCGGGCCCCCUCUGAGUGUCAACUCAGAUCGUGUGGUGGGGUCUGAGUACCUGGAAAGAGAGCCUUCCAAGCUCUAUCGCAGCUGCUCCAGCGUGCACCCCUACCACCCGUUCCUGCUGGGCUACCAGGAUGCACCCCUUACCCCGGGUUUCCCCCUGCAGCAGGGCUUCCGGCACGUGUCCUGCAGCCACUACAAUGGAGCAGGCUUGGUGCUUGCCGAGCAGCCUGUUCCGAGCGCCCUGUGCCCCAGUGUCAGGGCCACGGAGGUGAAUCUGCCCCACCGGGAGCCCCCCGUUCAGGAGAAUGAACGUUGGGUGGAGGAGCCAGUGGAAGACGUCCAGCCCAGCUACCACCUGCCGCUGCUGCUGUUGCCCCAGUGUCCCCCGCGGUACUUUUCCGCGCUCCACUGCCUGCCCCCGCCGCCCCCGUCGUCCUUCUCGCUGUCCAUCGUGUCCGACGCGGACAAGAACACUGAUGACCAGGAUGCGGAGGGGCCAUGUGAGCCCAGCCAGCCUUUGUCCCAGGAGCAGUCCGACUAG